CACACACACACACAAAACUGAACUGUUGUCUUCACUGGAAGACAAAGAAGUAUACUUGAGGAUAGGUGACAGGGCUUUUGAACUUUACUCAGUACAGCAUAUAUAUACGACUUUAGCAAAGACAACUUCAUCAGAGCUGGAGCUUUGAAGGUGGGGGCAGAGAGCUAUUAGCUACGCGCUGCAGACAUCAUUACGAGGGGAGACGCUUUCCACCGUCAGCGCCGGAGCAGAGCAGGGGAGCCCUGGCAACAAGGAGAGACACAAACUCAGCAGCCCGUUACACCCAACAGGAAUGGUGACAGCACCUGCAGACAGACAGACGUGGACAGACGGCGCAGACAUCCGGGACGCCUCCCUCCCAUCGGUGGAGAGAUCCAGACUUCGCACCAGGAACCGCAGCUCCAGUCGGGUGUCAGCUCUCAACUGAGCAGCAGGCUCCACCUACUCCGCCCAAGUGGCUCUGCCUCCUCUGCUCAGGAAGUGCCGAGUCCCUGAGUCAACACAGUGCAUUCUGGGAUAGUCUGGAACCCUCUCCAUGGGCUGUACCACCUGCUGACAAACCAGGGGGGUCUGGAGGAGUUGUGUUGAAUGAGGUUUGUGCUGCGUGUGGGCAGGCUUGCUUUUGCAGAGAAAUGAUUCCACAUGAAGUGCGACGCACUCGGCCCCCCGUCGUCCUCGGCGGCAGCAGCAGGUGUGAAGUCGUGACACUCUCCCCUACCACACAGAGCUCACCCUUCAGACGCUAAAGACCCCUGGACCGAACAGACAGCCCUACCCAUCCCCUCUAACCAUCCCUCCAUUAUCUUUAUUUCCAUCUUUAAUCCUUCCUCACCUGUUCCUUAGGGCCUGGAUUUUCUUUGUUAUCAAGACAAGACCUGAUAAUCAACGGCCUUGGGUGAACUGGAUAGAGAGAGAAAGAGAGACAAGAUUAGGAAGGUUAAUUUAUAGCUAAUUAAAGUGAGACAAAGAACAGAACAUCAAAAAGUGAGGAAAAGAGAAAGGAAAGUGAACUAGAAAGUCAGAGAGAGGGGAGAACAAAAAAGAAAGGUAAAAGCUAGGGAAGUCCAAAAAUUGGGGAAAGAUAACGCAAGUGCAGUUGAGGGACGUGAGUCGAAUCAUGAAGUCCAACCAGGAACGCAGUAAUGAAUGUCUGCCCCCAAAGAAGAGGGAGAUCCCCUCAAGCACAUUACCAUCUGAAAGUCGUUCGCUUAUCAUGCCACCUGCCAGUGACAGCCAGCGCACAGAGAACAUGGCCUGGCUUGCCAGUGUGGCUGGUGGGAAUGAGAGCAGUGUGGGUGGGCACCGUAGCUCCAGUCAGUCUGAUGGGCCCCAGUAUAAAUCCCUCUCCUCCACAUCAGACUCUUCAUCUUCCUCUUCUUCACUGAGGCUAGUCUCAUCUCUCCCUACGGUUUAUACAUCUCCCUUAUCACAAUCCACAGUUGGAGGAACUGUCCAUUACACCCAACUGCCUCCCAAUCUCCAGUUCAUUGCCUCACCCUACCCCACCCCAUACACAGGCUACAUCUCCCCUCAACUGCUUCCACCUCCUCCUCCACCUCCCCCACUCUCUUCCUCCUCCUCCUCCUCUUUGGCCACACAGAGACCCUCACACACAGAGACAGCCUCUGCUCCUUCGCAGGCCUCCAAACACGACCAUCACAGAGCGUCCACGGGGCGGACCUCCAUGCCUCCGCCCCACACAGACCCCGCCCCUCACCACAUUCAGAUGUCAACCUCCCCACGGACUGUUCCGUCACCUCAUCACCAGGGAGGCAUUCACCUUCCUCCCCAUUCGAUGCACCCCCACCAUACUCUGGGACAUGGGAUGUCCCAGGUCGUGGUGCAAUAUACAGAUGGACCCACCAGGAAAGAGGAUGGUGGCUCUAGGCCCAGAGAGCUCCAUAAUGGAGAGCUUGAAAGGGGCCGGCGGUUUGGAGCGUCCCCCGAGUCCAGCAUCUCCAAGUCAGGGAGCAAAUCACGGGAUGCCACUUCUUCUUUGUCCUCCUAUGAGGCUCGCCAGCUGGUUCUGCCAUCAGACUACUCUACUCACGAUCCCUCAGGGCUGAGAACUUCUGUCAUGCUAAUGCCCAACAGCCAUGGGGACCACCAGCUGGUACCACCCAGAGCCAGCCCUGAAAAGCUGACCCCCUCUGCCCCUGCACACCUGGAAAAAGGUGGCAUCAUCCUGGGCAAGCCUGUUAAUCGCACACCCUCCGCCUCCAACACCACUUCCUCGUUCACGUUUCCUCCCCCAUUAAGUGUAGACAGCCUGAAAGCUGCUGUCAGCACAUUGUCGCCCCAGACCGUUAUCCAGACCACCCACAAUGCAACAGAAUCACUGUCAAUGGGGCUCCCCUCCACCAGUAUCUACCCCCAGCCACCUAUCAUUGGUUACAUCGCAGGGGGCAGUGGAGGCCAGCAUACGCCAAUCAGCUACCACACCAGCCUACAACAACACUUACUCAUUCCUGGUGCCCAACCAGUCAUUAUCCCCGUUAGUGGAGGUGGAGUGACCGCAUUGGAACCUGUAACCUCCCACGUGACAUCAUCUUCCCAAGCCGCACCUUUCCCUACCACACUCCCACACACAUACAUCGCCGCCACUGCUCCCAAAGGAGAAACUCUGGAGACCUCCAGCGGCUCGUACCACCAGGCCGCCUCAGGUGCAGUGGUCCAAGCCCAGCUUCAUCUCCCCAUUGUUCCAGCGCCGUCGGGGCUGGUUGCUCCUUCUGCUCCUCCUCCCCCGUCCAAUACGGUGGUGCCUCCCUCGCUCCCCCCGUAUUUCAUCAAGGGCUCCAUCAUCCAGCUGGCUGACGGGGAGCUGAAACGCGUGGAGGACCUGAAGACAGAGGACUUCAUCCAGAGCGCCGAAAUCAGCAGUGAGCUGAAGAUUGACUCAUCAACGGUGGAGCGCAUUGAAGGGAGCCACACCUCACCCAACUUUGCUGUGGUUCAGUUUUCUGUUGGUGAGCACCGUGCACAGGUGAGUGUCGAGGUCUUGGUUGAGUAUCCCUUCUUCGUCUUUGGCCAAGGCUGGUCUUCAUGCUGCCCAGACCGGACCACCCAGCUUCUAGAACUGCCUUGCACCAAGCUUUCCGUGGGCGACGUUUGUAUUUCGCUCACCCUCAAGAACCUGAGGAACGGAUCCCUGAAGAAGACCCAGCCCCUGGAGCUGGCCACCCCCGCCUCUGUCCCAGCCUCUGGCCACGAGCACAUCAAACCCCCAAGAGCUGUCUCAGACGCUCCCCAAAGCUGCAGUGGCGGAGGCCCCAGGCAUGGUGAGCGGGAGAACGGCAUCAGCAAGCAGCGGGGGAGCGGCGGGAGCGGGAAUGGGAGCGUGAGCGGAGUGCGAGCCAACGUGGAGAAUGGGGAUCUCAUGUUCGGGGAAAGAGGGCCAGUUUCUAAAGGUCAGGUUGCCAGCAGUGCAGAGGGUGGAUGCAGUAAGCCAUCAGGCAGCAGGAAGCGGAGGUGGUCUGCACCUGAGGGUCGAAAAGUUGAAAAAUCAGAAGAGGAGCCACCUUUAACCCUGCCCAAACCUUCCUUCAUCCCUCAUGAGGUGAAAGUCAGCAUUGAGGGAAGGUCGAAUAUUGGCAAGUGAAGGUCCAGGACUGUUAAUAACAAUUGGGAUUUGGAAAAAAAUACAUAAAAGGAUUCUAACAAAGAAAAAAAACAUGAAUGCCCACAUUAAUGUUUCAUUUGUCUUGGUUUUAAAGUUUUGUUUUCUGUUUUUAUUUUUCUAUCUUGAAUACUGUACUGUAGAGGUAAAUUUACCCUACAUGGUAUCACCUUACAUUAAGUCCAUGUAGUUUAUAACACAUUUUUAUAGGUGGAUUUGAUAUCACCUUCUUCUGUGCCGUUUUGGUGGUUUCAUUGAGAUGACUUAUGGUGAGAGAUUUGUGAAGUGCGCUAAAUGUUUAUCGGUGGCUGUGUGGCACACCAGAGCAAUACUCCGAUGACUCUGCUUGGCUGGCUACACUUUGCACAUUAUGUAAAUUUCAAAUUAUUAGUGCACAGUUAGCUUCUUGACAGCGAUACCACUCCCUGGUGCACUGCUAGUGAGGCUGCCUGGAUGGAGACUCUUUCCCACCACUUCUCGCCACACCAGUGGUUUUUCACGCCGGGCCACAGGAGUGAUGUAACGUCAGCUGAUCCUGACCAUGAAGGAUUUGUGGAUAAAUCAUGAAAUUAGAGUGGGAGUUGGGGAAAAUGUCCUCCUCCUGUGUCUUUCGUGUAAAUGUAUCAUGUUGCUCACAGUGUCAUCGGGGUGUGCCAGACUUGAUCUGUGAUGUCAUCAAGUAGUGCCAGUGUGCCACACAAUAGAGAGGGAACAACGCUUACUCUGUUCAGUUUGACGACAGUGGAGUCUUUACUUUCAUCUUUAGCAUUUUUGUUUCAAUAAUUUUUUUUUUCUUAAACCCCCUCGUCCUCUAUCUAUCUCUGCAGUUAUUUGUUUUCAUUGAUUGUCAAAAACCUUAAUCAGGGGUCAUUUAGUCCUAGAUCGAACCUAAGUGGGUCAACGUUAAUGUAAAAAUGUGAGAUACCCUAACCUAAUACAUACAUACAAGUGCAAACACACUGGGUUGGCGAACUUCACUUUGAGAAAACGUUAAAAGAGGAAGACUGCAUACAAUCCUUGUUGUUUUUUUUGAUGAAUUACUUUAUAUUUUUUUAUCCAGUAAGGCUGUGUGAGAGGAACCGAGAGAAUCUGCAUGUCAGUUCUGAGAGGGUCAGGAUGUUUCAAAGCACUUAACACACCUGUCACACUCACCAUACAGCCGAAAAAAUUGUUUGUUGUCUCUUUAUUCACGCAGUACUGUAUGUUUUUUUUAGAUUGUUUUUUUUUUUUUUUUUGUUUAGACAAUGGUGGAAAGUAGCAACAGCACUUUGGAAAGGUGAAGCUUUUGGAAAAGUGAAGGGGUCAUUUGGUAAAGGUGGGAGCGGAUGUGCCAUGGGAUCACAAAGAAAGGGAUGAAUGUGACAGGUAUUGGAGAAAAUUCCACUUAGUAGAUGGUUAGAGGAAAGCUUUAUGGCGACAAAAGGAAUUAGAAAUCUGACAGUUUUCAGCAUGUGUGCUUCUACAGCCAGCUAGCCACACAUAAGUUAGUGAAAGGUAUUAGAAUGUUGUUUUGAAAGUUUGGGAUCUGAUGAGGAGAAAAAAAAAGGCUUUGAAAUAUCCCAAUGAUGUUCUGUACUAGACUGAGAGCAACUUAGGAGCUCACGCCACAGAAUUUUGAAGGGUGUCAUAUAUUUGUAAUGUAUGUGUGUAUGCUAGAGUGUGCAUGAUGCUGGUCAGUGUCUGUCCAUACACACACACAUGCUUACACACUUAACACAAAACAGUACAGACCAUCCCUAAAACUCAAUGACCUAUAAAUAUGUACUGUAUUUGUUGGUAAGCAGUUAGAUGAGUGCAGAUGCUUUUUCUUGCAUAUUGUCCCUAAUGCAAAGACACUAGUGGACUGACAUUGGGUUAAUGCACACUGAUAACAGUACAGAUGUACAGAAAGUGCUUGUGUAUGUGUGUGAGUUUGUGUACGAGUAUCUGUAUACUGUGUAUAGGAAAAGGAUAUACUCAUUUGAUAUAUAGACAAUGCUAAAUGUCCAGUGUUUCUACUUGGAGUCUUUUACUUAAGAGAAUCUUGCAAUUUGCACAUCAGGAGGAGGGAGGUAGGUGGAGACAUGAUUUUUUAGAUGGCCCUGUCCUGAAAGGAGCCCUAGACCAUGCAACACACUGGAGGAGACCAGGGUUUUUUUUUUUUUGUUCCUCAACAGGCACUUGUCACAUAUUAGAGGAAAAAAAAAGUUUCUGCAUCAGCGCCGUUAAGGUCAAAUUACAUUUGAGUUUUUACGAACAUGAGCAUAGCUGUAAACCAGAACUUUUUAACACGUGCCUGCCUACUGAAUUUGUUUAAAGGUGAACCAUUUGUAGUAGUGUCUCAGGGAGACUCUCUCCCUGCUGUUGAAACCAGGAUGUCCAGGGUGUAGGGGGGCUAGGGUUCAGUUUUGAACACGGCCUGUGCUUUCAGCCAGCUGAAUCCCUAUUUUGCUAUGAUGUAGCAGUUACCUCAACAGAUGUGCUUGCUGGGUCGACCCAACAUUUGGAGCUCUGUAAGCAACCGGGUCAAAGGUUGUCCAACUUAGCAUCAAUGUAGGCUCUUUCAUACAUAUGAAAACACAAGUCCUGCUCAUUUUCCGAGUGUGAAGUGUAAUGUGAAGUGUGUACUGAUCCUUUGGCAAAUUCAGUGUAAUUCAAAUGCACUGAUGUGUUAUAUUUUAAUUCAAACAAACAAAAUGAAAUGUAUCAGUGAUAGUAGACACGCAUGGUCUAGGAUUCAUUAUGUUCUGAUUGUAGGCUGCCAUGUAACAUGUAAAUGUCUCUUUCAUGCUGCAUGUAGCCGUACACAGUGAUCAUACACUGCAGUUAGAUUACCAUGUACGGGUUGUUAUCACAAUAGUGUUGUUAAGGAGGUGCAGAAGUGGUGGCUUCCUGCAGGCAUAUCUGUUGAGUUUUCUCCUCAGCCUCUGUAUUUAGGUGUUGUUAUGUGGCAGAGAUGUUUCAUUGGUUUCCACUAAGAAGUGGAUCAGUCUUUUCUUCAUCCCACUGAUAUAUAAAGCAGUAAGUUUUAGGGCAAUACUGUUUUAGGUGGUGGGAGUUUACCAGGGUGAUGGCAGGACAGAUGUGUGCUCAGAUGGAUGAGAAACGGAUGGAUAGGCGGUUGAAUAAAUGGGCAGAUGGAUGGCGAUGGUGAGUGAAUGAGCAGACCCCAUAUUGAGAUUUGAAAAUGCUUUAUUUUUUAUAAUAAAACAGGGUUUCUCAGAUUAACACCAUCACAGUAGUGCAUUUUAAUUUCUUCCUUUUCCUAUCAUGAUUAACAUCAUGAUCAUUAGUAAAAAUAGCAGUAUGUGUGUGGAUGUCACGUGUGUGUGUGUGUGUGCGUGCGUGGCUGCGUGUUUUGUAAAUGUAUGUUCUCGUAUGUUCAUUUAUUUUUCGUCCAAACCCCUUCCCAGCGGAUGAAAAGCAAAACCACAACAUCUAAACAUACCUAUCAGCCACUCAAACCAUCAAAACCUUUACUGUCGGUCAGGUAAAACAAAACAAACAAACAAACAAACAAAAAAAAAAGACAUUGAGCCAAAGCCAAGUGAUGUUGUCGUUGCUUUGGUUACUUAAGAAAGCAAUAGUAUGAUAAUAUUCAGGCACUCUCCUCAUGUGAGUGGAACACACACAAACACACACACACACACACACAGUAAUUCCACUGAAAUUCUCUGCAAUAAACAAUAAUAAUCCUCUAGCAUUACAACCAAAAACUCCUCCUUUCCACCCAUUGAGAAAAUACACAGCAAAAUGUUUUUAGAACUUCUUUGGAACAGUUGUUUCCGUUAAUUCUAUUUCCCUUAUCAUAAAAUAAACUUCUUAAAAAUUGCAGUUGCAACACCAGUUGCUAGUUUUCAGGGAAGUGUCUCAUAUAUGCAGUAACUGAACAUAACCCCCAAAACCUCCUCUGUCCCAGCCGGCCAGAGUCAUAAAGUAGACCGGCAGACGUCUUGACGCGGCCCCCAGGCCCUGCCUCGUUGCCACGACUUCCCGUAGUGACCUCGUUAACUUCGUUUCAGGUACCCAGUCAUAGCCAGCCAGCCUCACAAGCAACCUCCUCCCUGAGGCGAAGCAAUCGAUUAACCCUCAACAACCGUUAGCUACCUUUUUCAGGUGUUGCCCAGCCCGGAUUUAGCAGGGCUGGCCCGGAACUGCCUGCUCCCCUUCAUGACGUCAUCUUUUUGAUAUUCGGUCUCCUUUUCACGACUAGCUUAUACAGGUCAUUGUGUUUAUACUUAAGUGGGAAAAUGCAUGCUUAAUAAUAACUUCGAAAACAAAGCAAUCUGACACGUAAAGACGUUCUUGAAUGCAGGAGAGGGAGCGGCAACAAUUUCUGAGGGUUUGGUGUAGUUUUGAUUUUGUUAAAAUAAUCCCAAGUUUAACCUUUUUAUCCCCUUGAAAUAUAACCACAAUGUGCAAUACUUACAUUUUGCCCCCCCCCCCCCCCCAUUUGCUGUGCCAAGUGUAUGUAGCAUAGUCCUACUCCAGCGUCUCAUCCUUGUUAAUGACUUGUGUAUUUUACUGUCUAUUGAUGUGUGUGUGUGUCACAUUCUGUAAAACAAGAGUCAGAAUGUUUAUGAAGAGAAACAAAACCAAUGGAGAGUUUGUCUGUACCUCUCUUUUCCCUUUUGUCCUUGCGGCCUUCCUAAAUUUGAUGUGUGUGGAGAUUGUCAUGUCUCUUUUGUUUGUGUGUGUGUGUGUGUGUGUGUGUGUGUGUCUGCUCCAUGUGUCAUGUGUGUAGUAUGUGUGCUUAUGUAAACCUGUUCAAAUGUGUGCGAGUGUGUUAGGGUUUUGAGCGUGUGGUGCGUGUGUGUAAUGGAGUGUUUUCUCCUCUAAUUGUCUGUGAGAUCAUAAACCCUGACCCUCGACGGUUCAUGGUGAGACCCACAGAAAAAAAGAAACCUCAUUGCUAGUGGGGACCACUUUUUGUAAAAAAAAACAGGAAAAAACAAAAAAACAAAAAAGAAAAAAAAAACAACCAACCAACAGAGAUGCACAUGUAAGUAGAUGUAAAAGACUUGAUAAUGUUUCAGCACUUUCUAAUCCUAGGAUGGGCUUGGUCUAACCCCUCUGUCUCAGACCGAUACCUUCCCUAGGGGUAACAUUCAUUCAAAACAGACAGAGAGAAUGAGAGUGAAAAAAGGGGGUGAAUAAGGAUGAAAAAGAGAGGUGGCUCAGUUUAAGUUUUUGCACAUCACCUUGCCGUAGACCUUGUGUUUUUAUCUGUCUGUGCUCCAUCUCGCUUGGCGCCCGGCGCGUUCUUGGGUCCAACGGGCCGAGGUGUUAGGUGAUUCCUUGGUUCUUUUCUACUAGGAAAACCUUUUUUUUUUCUCAUGGAAUGCAUCCCUUCUAUUGUCGUGUCGGAGGUUUGUUUGGAAUCUUUUCCGCCCUGCUCCCUGACCAGGCUGUGCUGUUUAAUUGUUUUAGAGUUUUUUGUUUUGUUCCCAGUUUUGGAGUUCUGAUCUGGCGGAUGCAUUUGUCAGGAGCUCGGCACAGCUUGGUUUGGUUGUGAGGUGUGAAAAUGGUGCGUACAAACCUUUGCUUUUUUUUUUUUCUUUGCAUUAUCCUUGGUGCAGGAGCUUUUUCUGUGUUUUAGGUCUCCUUGUAGCACUCAAUAUAAUGUCAGGGGACUUAAAACUAUGUAGAGAAUGUGUCAUUGUUGAGUUUUUAUGACAAGCUUCCUCACUGGAGGAACACUGCUAAUGUCUUUUUUUUUUUAAUUGGCUUCUUGCACAACUUGACAAAUAAAAUGAAUGUUGGUGUGUGAGCUUUGACUUUUCGAUCAGACAAAAAAAGGCAUGUGUGCUCUUUGUUUCUUGAUGUUUGUACUUUCAUUUUGCAAAAAGGAUGUGUUUUUGGCACUUUGUCGUGUUUUAAAAGUGAACAGAAUUCGAUCAGGAUUCCUUUUUUUUUCAUUCUCUUUUUUUUUUUCUUUUUUUGUAUGAUGUCUCGUCAAUGUCCAUAGCGCUGGAUAACCAACUCAGGCAGAAAGAAAAAAAAAACUUGUAGAGGCCCACUUAACAGUUUAGUUUCACCCCAAUCAAUUUACAUAGUGGGCUGUUUGAUAUGGGUUAUAAGAUAUGUAAAUUUAUUACAUAUAAUUUGAUAUGAUUAACAAAUGUCAUUAUUGACAAUUAACUAUGAAUUAUUAUUAUUAUUAUAUUAUGUGUAUUAUGCUGGAGAUGGCUUGGAUUUCUCUUCAGUGUACUGAACGUCUUUAGUCUGCCUCUCUGUGCAAGGCGACAAACACUUCAGCAGGGGACAGGCUGUACGCUUCGUGACCUCUGACCCUGCCCACUGCCACGGAGGGGGUGGAGCUUAUCCGUCAGCUGUGGCUCAGUUGAUUUUCCUCCCCCCCCCACCACCACUGCUCUGAACACUCAGCCCUGAGGCUAGCAACUGGUCUGUCUCGAUGUUUUCUCUGCUAACCCUGUGACACCAAGUACUGAACUGAAAACUUUCUGGCCGAUGAGAUGGUUGGGCAGAGAAUUAGACGUCAGCGCAGACCCGCACGGACAGUCCUGGCCUGCAGGGGGGGCUGCAGCAGUUCCCAGCCAACUUGUUUGUACCAUAUUGUACUCACCAAGUCCCUGUGUCUCACUUCCCCUUUCCUCUAUAGCAAUGGAGAAACCCUGUUGGUGUAUGUAUUUGACAUCUGUACAAAUGCACCUCUUUGAAAAAGAAAAUGAAACCUUGACAUAUCUGGAAUAAA